GAUGGAUUUGAAGCUAUGUCACUGGGAUGUGAAUGGGACAGGCUGGUUGGGCUGUGUGUGUAUGUGUGUGUGCUGGAAUUAGGCUGCUUGUUCCACUCCAAGCCUCCUCACACCACAGCAGACCAGCUGCAGCCUUCCUUUGAGAACCGUCACAGAACUCUGAGCAGAGGCAGGAUGAAGCUGUUGUGGAUCAGUGGGCUCCUCUGCCUCGUUGCCUUUCAAUUAAGUGUGGCCAGAUUCAUCCCAGAAGGAGUUCCAUACGAUGAACCCCCUGCUGUUCCCUACUGGCCCUACUCCACCUCAGACUUCUGGAACUACGUUGAAUACUUCAGAUCUAUCGGGGCCUACAACCACAUCAACGAAAUGGCUCGGGCUUUCUUCGCCCACCAGCCCCUUGGAGACACCCUGGGAUAUGAGUCCAAUGCAGGACAUGAACACUGAGAAUGGAGCCAGGCAUUGUUGGCAAAGGGGAUCAAACUAUACUGAUGUAGAAGUAAAAAGAGAACACAUAUUUUAUCAUCUUUAAACUUUCUUUAGUUUCAAGCAUAGCCAUAGAUACAGACGUGUGUAGCCCUGUUGCUUGUAUUAGAGAAUAUAUCCAUCUACUGCGUGCAAAAUAAAUAAGAAAUUUGCUUCUAGGUAAAGUUUCUAAAGAAUGAAUUCAUUUAUGCACUUUUUUUUUCUCUGUCAAAGAGAUUAGGUUCUGCUUAGCAUUAAUGGGGGCAAAUGACAAAUGACGGUGAUGAUGAAAUGCAUUUUAUUAUGUAAUAAAACAACACUGUCAAGAUUAAUAUUUAAGGUCAACAUGCUAUCCUUCGAAUAUUUAUCAUCUUUUUGAUUAGAGAGUAGAAAAGCUGAGCAUAGACAGUUGGAGAAUACAGCUUAUUAAAAGCACAGGAAUUUCACCUUCAACAGUUUAGAAACUUUGCACCAAAAUAUAUUAGUGUCAUCAGCAUCACUCUUUAUAUAUAUAUGAAUACUUUUAAUCAAGAGAAAAUUAAUUAAAAUAAAAUUUUAUCUCUAAA